CCGAAUUGUUACCGAGACGACGACCGCCAUGGGCAGCUGUGCGUCGUCGGAAGCGCGGAUGGACAACGUGGCCGUGCCCGAGCCGUACCACGCGCCGCCGCCCAUGUACCACAGCGGCAACGGCCAGCGCCACGCGGCCGAGCGCGUGAACCGCGCCCACUCGAACCCAUCGCACUACAACUCGGCGCAAGCACGCACGCCGGGUGGCGGCGCCCGGACGCCGGGCCGCGGCAACUUUCCUGCUAGCAACGGCAACCGCUUCCCGGGCAACCAGAUGAUCAUGCCACGCUCAAACAAAGAGACCAACCACUUCCGCGACGACGUCAACUGCGGCGAGUACACGGAGCUCGAGCCGUACAAGAAGCAGUAUUGGCUCGACUCGACCGACAUUGUGCACACGCGCAUCGUGCCGGGCAACUACAUGAAGACAGAGCUCGGCCACUACCUCGGACAGCCCGUGCUCAUCAAGAGCCUCAUCUUUUCAUCGUCGCCCGAGGACUUGGCCAAGAACAAGAAGGCGCUCGUGUCCGAAGUGCGCUCGAUGGCGCGCCUCCAGCACCCCAACAUUGUCAAGUUUAUCGGCUUUUACAUCACGGAAGACCACGGGCUCUGCUGCAUCUCCGAGUACAUGGAGGGCAAGACGCUGCGCCACCUGCUCGAGAACAAGCGCGUCCAGCUGUCGUGGGAGAAGGAAAAGAUCAGCAUCGCGCUCGACAUUUGCGCGGCGCUCGUCUACAUGCACUCGCUCUCGCCGCGUCUCAUCCACCGCAACAUCCGCGCCGAGAAGGUGCUCCUCACGAACCGCCGCGAGGCCAAGCUCAGCGGCUUUGGCUGCGCGCGCGACCGCACGUAUGAAAACACCAUGACGGCGGGCGUCGGCGAGAUCCAAUGGAGCGCGCCUGAGCUGCUCCAGGACGGCGAGGACUAUGACGAAAAGGUCGACGUCUACUCGUUCGGCGUCGUGCUCACCGAGCUCGAUACGCGCAAGUCGCCGUACGAAGAGGAGCUGCAGCACACGCCGACCGCCGACCUCACAAUGAAACUCGUGACCGGUAUGCUGCGCCCGAGCAUCUCGGACGACUGCCCGACAUGCAUCAAGAUGAUCAUCCGCCAGUGCCUCCAGCACGACCCGGCACUGCGACCAACCAGCGACAAGGUGCUCGAAGCGCUGCGCGAAGCACGCGUCACCUUGAUGCAGGGCAAAUGAUAAUAGACACAUCGCUUCGUAC